UCGCGACGUUUAACGCAACGACUAUUUCCUCUCCCUCGCCGACGACAUCUAUCAACGAAAGCAAAGUUUCGGUCAGGAAUGGAGGACGAAGGAGUGGUGCCUGGUGGCAAUGGUGGAGGAGGAGGUGGAGGAGGAAGAAGGCGGCCAUUGGGAGCCCUGUGCUGCCGGGAGCUCCGCCUCCUGGAGUUCCCCGACAGGUACGUGGUCCGGUCCGCGGACCCUGACGCUCCCGAUCACGCCUUCUCCGUCGGCCGCUCCGAUGGCCUCAUCGAGCCACUAUUCGAAGAUUCUAGUUCUUUGACCCCUAAAGUCUCAACGAUUUAUGGAGUGGUUGGGAUUAUAAAGUUGCCUGCAGGAACUUAUGUGCUACUUAUUACUUCUCGAGAGGAAGUUGGUUCUUGUCUUGGUUUCUCUAUAUUCCAUGUGAUGUCAAUGAGAUUUUUGUCCUGCAAUGGGUCUCUAAAGCAUUCAAAAUCGCAGGAAAAAAGAGAUGAAGCUUACUUCAUGUCUCUUCUGAGAACCCUAGAAUCAACCCCUGGUUUAUAUUAUUCAUAUGAAAGGGAUUUAACACUGAACUUACAGAGGACAUGCAAGUUGACUGAAGAAAGGAUGCACAAGCCUCUAUGGAAACAGGCCGACCCACGCUUUGUGUGGAAUCAUAAUUUGAUGGAGGAUCUUAUUGAGAAUAAGCUUGAUGCCUUUACCAUUCCUGUGAUACAAGGAAAUAUCCUAAAUGGAUUAAGCUUUCAGUCUGUACAGUUCGCCUUAAAAGAUUCACCUGCCAGAAUUACAUUGAUCUCAAGAAGGUGCAAUCGUCGUCUAGGAACUAGGAUGUGGAGAAGAGGAGCAAAUCUGGAAGGUUCCACUGCUAAUUUUAUUGAGACUGAACAAAUUCUGGAGUUUGAAGGUUACAGAUCAUCAUUUAUACAGAUUCGGGGUUCUAUUCCACUUCUUUGGGAGCAAAUUGUGGACUUAAGCUACAAACCACGGCUCAAUAUUAUUAACCAUGAUGAAACGCCAAAGGUUGUUGAGCGCCAUUUUCGAGAUCUUAUACAGAGGUAUGGGGAGACGGUUGCUGUUGACUUAACUGAUAAAGAAGGUGAUGAAGGCCGGCUGAGUGAUGCAUUUGCUGCUGAGAUGGAAAAACUUCCAUAUGUUAGAUACGUGCGUUUUGAUUUCCACAAUGCAUGUGGCAAAGGGAUUUUUGAUAACUUGCAACUACUUUAUGAUCAAAUCAAAGAAAAUGUGGAAAACCAAGGAUAUCUUUUGAUCAACACUGAUGGAGAAAUACUAAUACAGCAGAAUGGAAUUGUCAGGGUUAAUUGCAUUGAUUGCCUGGAUCGGACAAAUGUUACCCAGAGUUAUGUGGCUAGGAAAUUAUUGAAUUUACUACUGCAGCAAGUGGGAACAUUUUCAUCAAAUGAAUGUAUAUCCAUGUAUACUGACAUCUAUGAGAAGUUCAAGAACUUGUGGGCGGAACAUGGAGAUGAGAUAAGCUUGGAAUAUGCUGGUACUCAUGCUCUGAAAGGGGACCUAGUACGAUAUGGGAGACAGACUGUAUCUGGAAUAAUAAAGGAUGGAAUAAGUGCUCUCACACGAUAUUAUUUAAAUAACUUUCAAGAUGGCAUUCGACAAGAUGCGUUGGAUCUUAUUAGUGGUCGCUACACUGUCAGCAGAAGUGGUCCUCCUUUCCGGCUGAAUCGGUUUGAAUCAUCAUCAUAUCUCCCGGUGGCCUCAGCUCUCAUCGUGGGAGGUCUCACAAUGACAACAACACUUACAUUAAAUCAAGGCGGAAAUAGCACACAUGUUGUUUCUUCUGUACUCUUGGCUGGCUUGUCUGCAGGAGUGGUGCCUCUUGUUAAAGCUAAUUGGAAGCAGUUCUGCUCCAGGCCACGCUUGUGUGGCCUCUUGUAAGAUUGUGUUUUAUAUUGAUAUUUUAUUAAUUUUGGACGUGCUGUGCAAGCUCAAUUUCAUUUGCUAUAUGUAACUAUGAAACGAUUUGUUUGUCAUUUAAUCUAAAUUGAUUCCAUAA